UUCACGCAUACAAGGAGAGAACUGACUCAUCCGGCAGAUUUUAAUCACCAUCCUGACCAGACAGAAGUUGUUAAUUUUAUGUGAGGGGCAAAGAGAAACUUUACAUCCAGUUCCCCUAUUUAUGCCUCCGCUAGAAGAGGAUUUGAAUGCUUCUACAUUGUGACACUGAACAGGAUCCGUACAUUGUGGGAUGAGCUCAGGCAUCUAGAAAAACAUCUACCCAUCCUUGCUUCACAGUAACUAGUACUCGCUACAGUGCUUCAUGGAUUAUCAUACUAUCCAAGUAAUCUAGUAAAUUGAUGUGCUGCCAUGACCAGACACAUGUGGUUUCCUCUACCAUACUCUUCUAAGCCAUUUAGGAGAACUGACCUGGUGAACUCUUCUGAUAUUUUCUCAGCAUUUUAUGGCUUUACUAACAUCUCAUCACUUUUCAAUGGGGGGCUAAAUAUUGAUGACAUUGGUGACUUUGAGAACAACACCAAGUAUGAAGCUGAGUCUCAGAGUUCCACCGUGAAAGCUAUGCUGAUAGUCGCCUACUCCGUCAUCUUCAUUAUCUCUUUAUUUGGAAAUAUUCUGGUUUGCCAUGUUGUCAUUAAGAAUAAGAGGAUACAAUCGGCCACCAGCUUGUUCAUAGUCAACCUGGCAGUUGCUGAUCUAAUGAUAACCCUUCUCAACACUCCCUUCACUCUGGUUCGAUUUGUGAGCAGUACCUGGGUUUUUGGGAAGCUCAUGUGUCAUGUAAGCCGCUUUGUACAGUAUUGCUCAGUCCAUGUCUCUGUACUUACCCUCACAGCCAUUGCUCUGGACAGACAUCAGAUGGGCUUUUAUGUUGCCCACACCUGUUACUUGCCCCAGGUCAUAAUGCAUCCCUUGAAGCCCAGAAUGUCAACAAUAAAAGGAAUAAUUUGUAUUAUUGUGAUUUGGUUUAUGGCAAGUGGAUUCUCAUUGCCUCAUGCCGUCUAUCAGAAGUUAGAACAGUUUAACAUUGGAAACACAGUAAGAAUGGUCUGUCUUCCCAGCUUCCCAUUUCCAGCUGAUCUCUUUUGGAAGUAUCUGGACUUGGCCACGUUUGGACUUUUGUAUGUCCUGCCCUUGAUUGUUAUUUCAAUUACCUAUACCAUGGUAGCGAAGAAACUGUGGCUGAGGAAUGCCAUAGGUGACAUUACCAUGGAACAGUAUUAUGCCCAUCGACGUAAGAAAAAGAUGACUCUCAAGAUGUUGAUGCUGGUUGUUGUGGUCUUUGCGGUUUGUUGGUUUCCAUUGAACUGUUACCUUGUUCUGAUGUCCAGCAAAGUCAUCAGCAGCAACAAUGCUUUAUAUUUUGCAUUUCACUGGUUUGCCAUGAGCAGCACCUGCUACAAUCCAUUUAUCUAUUGCUGGUUGAAUGAGAGUUUCCGCUCAGAACUCAAGGCACUGCUUUAUGUGUGCAGGAAGAGAAGUGCUGCCCAGAGCCAUGCCUUACAGUCCAUAUCACCCCCAUUUCGCCAUGCCUGGACUGAAAAAUGUAACUUUAAGCAAGGUAACAGCUCUCAGACUGCUGAAUCUGCCACAAAUGUUACUUCAGGGAAAACCGACAUCUCUAGUGUGGAGCCCAUUGUAACAGUCAGCUGAAGAUAUAGUUGGUGUCUUUAUAUGGCAUUUGUAUUCCCCUCUUUUAGCAAAGGGAUCUGAAGGAUUGGGCUAUUCCCAGCUUGCAAAAAUAUAAAGUAUCUAUCUGAAAAGAUAGAUAUAAGCACUUAGAGUGUUUUAUUGUGGUCAUUGUUUGUCUUUGGCACUGUAAGUAAACAUUUCUAAGUAAUUAUAUAUAAUUCUAUAUGAUAAUAAUAAUGGCUAAAACAGCUUAAACUCAUACUCAUUGGCCACAACAAACAAAUAUGAUCCCAGUACUGCAGUAACAAUUACAUAGCUUCAUAGAUGGAAAAUAUCACUUGAUGAUAAGUGCCUACCCCAUGGGGGUAAAUCUAUUUACCAGUUUUUGUACAUUCUUUAAAUUACACAAAGGUCUCAUAUUAAUAAUUUUAUUAUUAAUUGGCUUAUCCCUAGAUUUUAUUUAUAAAUAUUUUGUUAAAGAUGCAUUUGUUUUUCCAUUUUUAUACCUAAGUCCCUUUUUGUUAAUUCAUAUUAUAAUAGUACAAUCCUGUACUAAACCGUAAAAUAUUUCCGGUGGGAUUCUGUUUGCAAAAACUGGUUAAACCAUUGUUAUUGGUAGAAACAUACAUAUGUGUCCUUCCUUUCUUCUUGGCUCCAUAAAUCCAGAGAUGAGUUGUGUGAGAUCAGGUUUAAAAAUAAAACAUGAUUUCUCUAUACUAUGUCUGGAGUUGUUACUGAUAUUUGUGUCCAUACUGUAUGUGGUCACCCAGAAGCUGCAAGGACAAGGAGAAGUACACGUCUGAGUGCUGCUUCGCUCACUGAAGAUGGUCUUGGUAGGCUUUAUAAGGAACCUCUCUUCAGUGAGUUGGUGAACGCAGGGAGAAGCAAUGCUCAGCCGCACACUUUUUUUUCUGAAAUGACAAUUACACUCAUGAAAUUUGCAGAAAGGUAAGGCUGGACACAUCUGUAUAUAUGUAUGCUAGUCAACUCAAACCAAUGGCUCCCCAGCAACUCAGCCUCUGUUUGUUAGGCCUGCCAGCAGUUGUAGUUUUGCAACAGACAGAGAGUGACAGGUUGGUGACCACUAGCCUGUUGUAUAGUUAUACAAAUGGAUGCUGGACAACACAUCGACCUCUUCAUUCAUUAUAACACCAAAAAUUAUAGGGAACGUAUUUAUAUGUUUUAAGGGGUAAUUGGGCAAUAGCUAAAUAACACACAUGUAUUACAAUACUGUACUUAAAAAGGGCUGUCCAUCUCCAUAAAAAGUUUUCAAUUGAAUGAUAGACAAAUAAAAAAAAUUAAAAAAGUACUUUUCCGACGUCUUACAGUCCCACCGCUUACUGCCUUCCUGAUUCCUGUGACACAUUGACAUGCAGAAACUACCUGUUCAGCCAAUUGUUGGCUGCAGUGGGGAACCACCUCAGCCGAUGCUUGACUGAGCAGGCAGUUCCUGCAAGGCUGAUGCUUCACAAGGAUCCGGAAACUACACUAAGGCUAUGUUCACACAUUAGAAUUUCCAUGCUUGGACAUUCUGAUGUGUUAACAUAGCCUAAGUGUGGAACAAGAGCCCUCAGAACAACAGCUAAAGGGAAUUAGGGCAGGUGAGUAUGAUUUUUUUUUUUUUUACUGUUCUAUCACCCUGACUCUUAAAUAUUUUUUCUUCUUUCUUAAAUACAUAUCUGCUAAUUCAUUGUAAGAGCAGAUAUGUUUGCCAGAAAUCUUAUUUUUGGCAUACGCUAUGGAACUAGGCAGUAGCCUAGGAUUCAUUUGCACAAAUGUUUAUUUGUACAGAGCUCCUAAAUGUCAUCAUAUAAAUCCCAUAAAUCAUUACAUGUUUUAGUGAAUGUCACAUUAUGAAGCAUUCCCACUUAGAAGCAAUGUAAUAUGAUAAGUCACCCUGAUAUUAUGCUGUACUGGGAAGCCAUACAGUUAUAUGCAGUGCUCAAAGCUUUGUAGUCUGCAGCUGCAGGUGACAUGUGUCACUCCAUAUAGGUUGUAUGUGCAUGGCUUUGCCAUGUGCAAGAUGUCUUAGGUUGAAUGAAGCAAGUAUUCAAUGACUGUAUCUAUACUGUGGAUAAAAUGCUUUCUCGUAAGAGGAAGCAUUUGUUUAAUUUGCCUAAACACUAAUUUUGUUCCUUUGCUUUCCAGAAUUAAUACCAAUUGGAUCAUUGUUAUUCCCGUCGAGAUAAGAUUCCCAGUCAAGCAAAUAUAUGUGUGUGUGUAUAUAUAUAUAUAUAUAUAUAUAUAUAUAUAUAUAUAUAUUGUUGCAUUUUACACUUGUAAAACAGCGACAGCAAAAAGCAGCAAACAAUCUCAAGGAGCUUCUCAAGAUGUAACAUUUAUUUAUAAGAAGAUUUGAGAGCAUUUUUUACACAAGAAUAUGCAAAUACGACCAACAAUAAAACUGUUCAAAAUUGAAAAUCAGAAUCAAGUGAGACAGGUUAACAUAUUGUAAAGCUUUAUGGUCAGUAGAUCCAUAGUGAUGUUCUCAGGGAAAGUGGAGUAUAUCAUUCUAAGUAAAUUUUCAUAGGUUGUAUUCACAUCAUGUCACCUUUCAUUCUUGUACAGAUGUUUCCUUUUUUAAAUCUCUAAGACAACAUAUCUUGAGAUGUAUGGUGUGUAUGGUCUGUCACAAGAUGUAAAUAGUUGUUUUCUAUGUGUCUCAUUCAAUGAUUGUUAUGUUAAUGAAACCUUUUGAGUGCUCUGAUAGCGUGUAGUGAUCCUGUGCUUAAUGGGUUUCAUGAGAAAUAACUAAACUAAAGUAAAUAUAAGGGUGGAAAAAUAUUGACGAUGUAUAUAUUGACUAGGUUUUACAGGAGGAAAAAAAGGUUCACUUUGACCUCUUUUUGUUGGGUAAAUUGAACACCAAAGUUACAUUUUGUGUGUAUGGCGGGAGUUUUCUGGGAGUAUACGCCAAAUAAAGGGCUCUAAUGUAAUAUGAGCAAAGCCUAUAUUGUCAUGUGUGUUCUUUGGUAAUAACUUUUAAUACCAUUACAUGGCUUAUAUUUGUAUACAUGUAUUUUGAUCAGUGUUUCCUCUUUUGAUAGUCCAUUACCACAACUCUAGGGUUGGGCAUUACUAUGAUGUUCCCCAAUACUCAGGAACACUGCAGAUUGUCCUCCAGUAGACAGUUCUGUAAUAAAUAAGGGUUCUAAUCAUUGUCAUAGAUGAGCUGGGGAGUGAAGCGCACAGCUGUAAACUUCUCCUGGCCAUAUAUUAUAUUUAUAUACAUAUUUAAAAAUAUAUAUUUGUGGGAGAUCUCAGCACUAACACCCCAACCGAUCAAAAUAUUUGAUGUCUAUGUGAUAUAUCAAAAGUUUAUUUUUAAUAGACCAUAAUAUUUUUUCUCAUACAAGAAACAUGUAUUUAACAGACAGCAAACCAUGUCAAGGUAUGUAGAAAUGAGGCACUCACCAGGUCUUGAUACAAAUCGCCAG